GCUAUAUGUGUAUGGUGUUAAUUUCCCAGCAUGCCGUACGGCCCUCCCUUUUUCUCCAUCUUGAAUUGCAGUGCAGGUUUGGCUGUGUCUGGACAAUACAUUAUCACAAUGCCAGGAAGACUCUGGAGCAAGGCUAUCUUUGCCGGCUACAAGCGCGGCCUGCGUAACCAGCGGGAGCACACGGCACUGCUGAAGAUCGAAGGCGUGUACACCCGUGAUGAGACCGACUUCUACCUGGGCAAGCGAUGUGCCUACGUCUACAAGGCCAAGAAAAACACUGUAACCCCCGGUGGAAAACCCAACAAGACCCGUGUGAUCUGGGGCAAGGUGACCCGAGCCCACGGAAACAGCGGGAUGAUCCGCGCAAAGUUCAGCAGCAACCUCCCAGCCAAGGCUAUGGGACACAGAGUGCGAGUGAUGCUGUAUCCAUCCAGGGUUUAAAGCACUGUUGUUGUACAUACAAUAAAAAGACUUGUCAAUCCA